AUGGUAAUCGCUAUUUAGACAAAAGGAACUCCGAGCGCAGGAAAGAGAAACAGCCACACCCACACAGUUUGCAGACGCUGUGGAAAACGAUCACUUCACAAGCAAACCUUAGAAUGUGCAUCCUGUGGCUAUCCAAGCGCUAACUCCCCCCUCCGUGAGUGAACAAAACCAUUAGAAAAAUCCCUAUUUUUGCCCAAAAAACCCACCCUCCGUGAGUGAACAAAAAUUUUUUUAAUCGAAAAAUUUUUUAUGUAAAAAAAUUUUGAUAUAUUAAUGAUAAUUAUUAUAAUGAAAUCUAGAGCCAAUUCUGUUUAAUUUUAAACGAAUUGCUUUUUAAAACAUAAAUUUUUUAAAUUAAAUUAAUAUUUGCUUUCCAAUUUUUGCGAAUUAAGAUUUUUUUAAAUUUCAAAAAAAAAAUUAGCCCCCUCCGUGAGUGAACAAAAUUGUUUUGUUCACUCACGGAGGGGAGGGGAGUAAGAUGAGACACUACAACUGGGCCCUCAAGACUCACAGGAGAAGAGGUGAAGGAACUGGAAGGAUGAGAUAUCUUAAAUCCAUCCCAAGAAGAGCCAAGAACUCAUUCAGAGAAGGGACGACUCCAGCUGCAAGAACUAAGCACGUCAAGAAGUAA